AUAAUUUUAUGGUAAGAAUUAAAGCAAAUAAUGGAGAGGUAAACGAUUUUAUAAAAUAUUUAUUUACAGAAACUUUUUGUAAUAAAGACUUUGCUGAUAACAUAAAAUUAGAUGCUCAGAAAACAAAUGAGAAACAAGAGAGCGAAAAAAAGAAUAGGUACAUAAUAACCAAAAAGUAUGUGGAUAAUUAUAUGAUUCCAUAUUUAAUUAGAAAUAAUGAAUCAGGAGAAGAGAAAAGAAAUGAAAAUAUUAAUUCAUAUGAUGAGGAUAAUAAUAAUAAUAAUAAUUAUUAUUACAAUAAUAGUUAUAAUUAUGAUAUAUUUAAAUAUAUUUCAUGUGAUAUACAUAUAAAGGGCAAACAUAUUGUAAGUAGUGAAUAUAGGAAUAACAUAGAAGAUAAUACAUAUAAGAAUAGAAUACAAUUUGAAUUAUAUGGAUCAGAAAUAUAUUUUAAGGAUAUGAUAAACGAGAAAUAUAAAAUUAAAUAUAACAAAUAUAAUAAGAAAUAUAUAGAAUAUAAUAUAAAAGAUAAAAGUGUUUUACUUAUAUAUGGUGAUUGGUAUAUGUGUGAUACCUUUAUCAAAAAUGAAAAGUCCAAUAUUUCAAUAAAAAAAUUAUAUGAUUAUAUUGAAGAGAAUGUAGAAAAUAUUAAUGAGAUAUUUAAUUGUUUGAAAGGUAGUUUUAUUUUAUUUUACAUACAUUAUGAUAUAACAAAUAUAAAUGUGUAUUUUUUUAAUGAUCAGUUUGGAAUGAAAUCUUUUAUAUAUUUUUAUGAAGAGAAAUCAAUAAUCCUUACAAAUAUAUAUGGUCCUUUUCUUCAUUAUAAUUAUAAUUAUAUGGAACUUAAUAAAAAUGAAUUUAUAUUUAAUGAUAUGUCUGUAAAAGAUGAAAUGAAUCUCAUAACAACUUAUGAUACAUUUGUACAACAUGAUAAUAUAGAAAAUAAUUUUUUAAUACAUAAAAAAAAAACUUGUGAUUAUAACAUCAUUAAUAAUAAAUUUAAUAAUAUUGUUAGUAAAGAAAGACAUGAUGAUAAAUGUUCAAAGAAAACCAUAAAUGAAGAAAUUGCUAUAAAUAUUAUGCCACAUUAUAUAUACAAAUUAAUACUUUUAAAUAACAAAGAAAAAAACAUAAAUAAUAAUAACCAUAGGGAGGAAGAUAAUAUUUUUAAUAUUCAUAAUCAUAUCAUGCUAAACAAAAUUAACAAACAAUAUUGUAUCUAUGAUAAUUCAUAUUAUCAAUGGAAACAUCCUCAUGUAGACAAAUUCAAUAUUUUAAACGUUCAAGAUAUACUACAUUAUUUUGAAAAAACAAAUAUUUUUAAAAAUUUUAAGAAACAACAAAAAAUACAAUUUUUACACACCAUAAACAAAAUAAUACAAGAAAAAAACAAACAAAGUAAUACACAUAAAGAAAAUAUAAACGUUUGUCAAAAUAAUUAUUUAUAUAAUACCAAUAAAAAUAAUAUUCAUUAUACAAUACUAAAUAAUGUUUUUAUUAACUUAUUCAUCAUAUUAUUAAAUCAUAUUAUACGUCAAAAAAUCGAACGUUUUUUUCACCUGACUUGUUCAGGCAAAAAGGAAGAAAAAAUGGAAAAAGGAAAAGAUGAAAAAAAAAACAAUGAUGGUGAAAAAAAAAACAAUGAUGGUGAAAAAAAAAACAAUGAUGGUGAAAAAAAAAACAUUCAUGAUGAAAAAAAAAACAUGGAUGGUAAUGAUCAGGGUGGUAAAUCACAUAUCCAAGUUGAAGAAGAUAAAAAUGAUAAUAUGAAUUUUCCUUAUUAUGCAUAUAAAGAAAAAUGUAUAGGUAUAUUUUUUUCUGGAGGUAUUGAUUCAACCCUUUUAACCAUAUUAACUAUAAAAAAUUUCUUUCAUUUUUAUCCAGAUGGCUACAUUGAACUUGUUAAUGUAGUAUUUAAUAUUAAUGCCAUAGAUAGAUAUACUUGUUUUUUGUCUUAUGAAAAAAUAAUUAGGAUGUUUCCUAAUUACGAUAUCAGAUUAAUUCUUGUUGAUGUAUAUCCAGAUGAUUUAAUAAAGUAUGAGAAAAUUAUAUAUUCUAUUAUAUCUCCUAAUAAUAAAAUUAUGGAUUUUAAUAUUUCUUCAGCCUUAUUCUUUGCCAACCUUGGGAGGGGUUUUUUAUGUCCCCGCACGUUUUUUGAAUCACAAGAAUGGAGAAAUAUAAAAGAAGAAAACAUUAUGAAUGUGUUAAAUGUAAGUCAUAUAUGUACGAGUAACAAACAUACUAGUGAUAAUAAUUUAUGGGAAGAAAAUUCUUUGGAGAAGAAAAUUUGUGUAAAAGGAAAAAGAAAGAAAGAAACUACAUCAUCUUCAAAUAUAAAUAUAUUAUACAAAUGUAGGAUAUGUAAAUAUGUGAUGAAUAAAAAAUGUGUUCAUAAAUGUUGUUCAGUUUGUUGUAAGAAACUUCGCUAUAUAUGUAUUAAUGAGAACGUGUAUAAUAUUGAUAAGGAAAUAAAUUCAAAUGGAUGUGAUAAUGAUGAUGAUAAUGAUGAUGAUAAUAAUGAUGAUAAUAAUGAUGAUGAUAAUAAUGAUGAUAAUAAUAAUAAUGAGAAGGAUUUCAUUGGAAUGUAUGAAAUUCAAUAUAAUAAAGAAAAUAAAAAUAAAAAGAAUAUAUAUUUAAUUGUAAAAAAAGAAAGAAUACUCAUCAACUUUGAAUUAUUUAGACAAUGCAGUAUACAUAAAGAUAAAUUAUACGAUUAUAAAAAAAUAGGAUAUCUCUUUUCAGAAUUUAAGAAAGAAUUAAAAAAAGACAAAAUGAACAAAAAACAAGAAUAUAAAGAAAACAAAUACCAAGAAGAAAUUAUAAAAAAUAAGAAACAUCCCUUGUGUGAUGAAGAGUAUAAAGAAAAUAAAUACCAUGGAGAAAUUAUAAAAAAUAAGGAACAUCCCUUGUGUGAUGAAGAAUAUAAAGAAAAUAAAUACCAAGAAGAAAUUAUAAAAAAUAAGAAACAUCCCUUGUGUGAUGAAGAGUAUAAAGAAAACAAAUACCAAGAAGAAAUUAUAAAAAAUAAGAAACAUCCCUUGUGUGAUGAAGAGUAUAAAGAAAAUAAAUACCAAGAAGAAAUUAUAAAAAAUAAGAAACAUCCCUUAUGUGAUGAAGAGUAUAAAGAAAAUAAAUACCAAGAAGAAAUUAUAAAAAAUAAGAAACAUCCCUUGUGUGAUGAAGAAUAUAAAGAAAAUAAAUACCAAGAAGAAAUUAUAAAAAAUAAGAAACAUCCCUUGUGUGAUGAAGAAUAUAUUCAAAGAGAUUUUAUUCAUCAAUUUGCUUUUGAAAAAAGUGAGAUAAACGAAAAACACAAUCUUGAAAAAAUAAAAAACUUAUUUUCGUCGAAAGGAAAAAAUAAAAAAGAAGGUAAAAAAAACAAUAAAAAUAAAAUGUUUAUAGAUAAUGAUAAUAUAUAUGAUGAUUCUAAUGAAGACGGUGAUGAAAGACAAAAAAAAGAAAAAACAAAAUCUACUUAUAAUGAUACUCAUUUGAAUUAUUUUAAUAAAAAUACAUAUUAUCGAAAUCAUAAUUAUGAUAAUGAAAAAGAAAAAUCAUUUUAUAUAUGUAAUCAUAAGUUGUUAAUAAUAGGUAGUGGAGCAGAUGAAUUAUUUGGGGGAUAUUAUAGACAAAACAACUUUAAUAAAAAAUUAGGAAAGAUAAAUAAAAAUUAUAAAAUGUAUGAGAUGAUUAAAGAUAUUAGAAGAAUAUGGAUAAGAAAUUUGUAUCGUGAUGAUCGUGUUAUUACUUUUUCAAGUUUAAAAAAAAAAAAUAUUUUUUAUCCUUAUCUAGAUAUGCUUAUGAUUAAUUUUUUAUUUUCUUUACCUUUUUGUAUUAUUGAAACACCCAUAGGAUAUAUUAACACAAAUGAAGAUAACAUAAACAUAUGUCACAAAAAUGAAAAAUUAAAUUAUGAUGAUGAAGAAAUUCUUCAUAUCCAAGAAGAAAAGGAAGAAUCAUAUAAUAUCCUCAAUACAAACUAUAUGAAUGAUCAUACUUUAAUAUAUGAAGAACAAUUCAAUUAUCUUAAUACACAUAUAUUAAAUCAAUGUAAUUAUAUAUAUGAACGUAUACAAACUGAAAAAAUUAAUAAGUGGAUUCUUAGGAUGUCUAUGUAUUUUUUAAAUUUUAAAGAUGUUAUGUUUUUUAAAAAAAAAGCUAUACAAUUCGGUUCAAAAUCAAAAAAUGUAAAAAGAUAUAUGAAGGAAUCUUUAGGUAUCUAUCCUAAAGACUCUGA